UCCAACCAAGCGAGUCAAGAUGUUCAUCAAGAGCUUUCUUCUGCUGUCGGCAAUCAACUUCCUUUCCGCAGGACGAGUUCCACAACCCGAAGAACGCAUCAUCGGUGGAAUGGAUAUUGAAAUAGAAGAUGCUCCGUGGCAGGUGGCAGUACUACUUCGAGGAAGUCAUUAUUGUGGUGGCUCCAUUUACAACAAGAACAUUAUCAUCACUGCUGCCCACUGCCGCUAUACCAUAGAAGGGGAAGAACUUAAAGCUGAAGACUUUCAAGUUCGCGUAGGAUCCUCAUUGAAAAACCGCGACGGAACUCUAAUCAAUGUGGCAGCAAUUGAAUCACACGAGAAGUAUAACAAACCGAAAUUUGCAAACGACAUUGCUGUAAUGCGACUAGGUGAGCCACUUGAGUUCUCCAGCACAGUGCAGCCGAUCCCCUUAGCCGAAAAAAAUCCGGCUCCUGAAACUCUUGCGAUGACUACAGGCUGGGGAGCAGUGAGAGUAAUACCUUUAGGAAAUGGAGAGGCAUGGAAAUUAUAUCCUGAACAUCUUCAACGCGUUGACCUUCGCGUAAAACGUUGUUCGAACUAUUUUUCUGACAACUCUGAGGAAAACAUUUGUGUCCAUUCGGUUGGACAAGCGACCUGUUCCGGCGACUCUGGAGGACCUUUGGUUGUUGACAAGCAACUUGUCGGUGUGACCUCAUGGGGUCUAAAUGAUUGCAGUACAUUUACAGCCUUCGCAGGCGUUCCCUAUUUCCGGAACUGGAUUUUAAGGGCCAUUGAAAUUGUUUGAUCAUAUAUCGGUUACCAUGGAAAAUAAAUAAUAUGAUCUGGAAAAUUUA